CCAUAUAUAUACCCAUUCAUCAGCAGCCAGAUCAAGCAAAAGUGCAAACUGAAAAACGUUAACGAAUUCAGUACACAGAUAGCGAACUUGGACAUGCCGGGGCUCACGACGAUGAUGGCGCUGGCACCACCACCCUUGUCUGUGAAACGACGCUUCAGCACCACCAGCAGGCGCAACAAGGAGACGCCGGCCACGACGAUGCUGCUGCUCGAGAAGCGCUUUCCUUGCUCACCGCACCUCCGCCGCCGCAGCUGGUCCCGGCGGGCAGCGACGGCCACCGCGACUGCCAUUUGUCAGGAGCAGCAGAUGAUGGAGCGCCUGGCUGAGGACGGGUGGGUGGAUGCGCAUAUGCUGCCGCUGCUCACCCCCGUGGAGGAGGCCUGGCAGCCGGCCGACCUGCUGCCCUCCUUCGCGGCCUCCGCCGACGAGCAGCGGAGCCAGGUGGCGGAGCUCCAGGCCCGCGCCGCCGCCGUGCCCGACGACCUCCUCGUCUGCCUCGUCGGCAACAUGGUCACGGAGGAGGGGCUGCCCACCUACCUUUCCAUGGGCAACCGCGUGGCCGGCGGCGGCGACGCCACCGGCUGCGACGAGCACGGCUGGGCGCGCUGGCUGCGCGGCUGGGCCGCCGAGGAGAACCGCCACGGCGACCUCCUCAACCGCUACCUCUACCUGUGCGGCCGCGUCGACAUGCGGCGGGUGGAGACGACGGUGCACCACCUCCUCCGCCGCGGCAUGCGCGCCAUUCCGCGGCCGUCCAGCCCCUACCACAGCCUCAUCUACGGCGCCUUCCAGGAGCGCGCCACCUUCGUCUCCCACGCCCGCACCGCCGGCCUCGCCGCGCGCCACGGCGACGACUGCCUCGCCAAGCUCUGCGGCGUCAUCGCGGCCGACGAGAGGCGCCACGAGGCCGCGUACACGAGGGCCUCAGCCAGGGCCUUCGAGGCCGACCCGGACGGCAUGGUGCGGGCGCUCGCCGCCGUGAUGCGCGCCAAGGUUACCAUGCCCGGCGAGCUCAUGACCGACGGCCGCGACGAGCGCCUCUUCGAUCACUUCUCGGCGGUCGCGCAGAGAUCGGGGGUGUACACGGCGGCGGACUACGGCGACAUGGUGGAGCACUUCGUGCGUAGGUGGAAGGUGGCGGAACUCGGCGCUGGGCUGUCCGGCGAGGGGCGGCGCGCGCAGGACUACGUGUGCGGGUUGCCGCGCAAGAUACGCAGGAUGGAGGAGCUGGCCCACGACCGCGCGGCCCAAAUGGAGGCCCAGCACGUAAGCUUCAGUUGGGUUUUCGAUAGGCCCGUCCGCAUCCACUGAUAAGCCAGCCAGCCUGAAUGGAGUUGGGUGUUUCCUCAACUGAAGGACCAAUAAAAUUCCUACCUUCCUCUCAAAAAAAAAAACUGGCCUACUGCUGCUAUUUUCCUCAAAACAAAAAAAAAAAAAAACUACUGCUGCUUCUUUCCCUAAUAAAAACUUUCUGCUGCUUCUAAGUAUUGGUCACUCGAGUAUCAAUCGAUCAUAAUAAAUAUUCUAAUGAACUUUUGAACCUGUCUGCAUUUGUAAUCUGUCUACCACUAUGUAUCCGCAUCAUGUUUUUAUAAUUAUAUAUGUGCAUUGUUCAUGAUCUUGCUGAAGAA